AUGUCUUCCAUCCCAUCGAAGGCUUCCUUGAACCAGAAGAAACCUGGCGGUUUGCGCGCAGCCAUCAAACGCAUGUUCUCGAGCAAGAGACACAGGUCAGUGCCGACUGAUGCGAGCGACUUCCAUUACUCUGAUACGGGACCUCUCAAUCCUGUCGCAGAACACCGCGACCGUACGCGGCUGGAAUCCGCCCCGCCUCUCGCCGCCGACUCUGCGAUACGGGGAGCUGCGCUGACCUCACACUCUACAACCCGUCAACAACCUGGAGCUGUCUAUGGGAUCCUGCCACUACCAUCUCGGCGCGGGCGCCGUAACACAUUGCCUAGUCUGGUUUUCAGUGACAAAGACUCGGGUCUCCUCCCGGCGGUCGAUGACUGGCCCUCGGCCCAUUCGGUUCAGACGGAGGAACGGGGGAAGCAGGACACAGUGUUGGAGAGGCAGUUCAAACGUCGUUCCCGCAGUGCCGACGCGCUCAACGAGCUGACACGGCAAGGCGCCGCCGAACGUACUUCCGCUCAGGAUCGAGCGGGUACAAUCGCAUUCUGGCGCCACAGUGCUAUUCAGAACCCAGUACCAGUGUACAGUGGUCAAUCGAUCGUGGUGGAUUCUGCGCAUCCUCAAUUACCGGCAAGUUCAGCCGGCCCGUCUCAGCGCACCGCUUCCAACACAAGCUUGAUGCAGACCUUCGACUUUGGCCUUGGUAGCCCCGAGGCCGAGGAUAUCUCGCUCGAGCAAAGACUUGGGACACUCGAGAUCAAAAUAUUCGACUUCGAGUUUGCUCUGGCCAAACUACAAGGCCACGACAUUCCGAAUCCCAGGAUGGACCCCGGAGCAAAUUCCAAGCCAUGUAUUCGAGGCUCGCUUCACAAUGUCUUCCAGCCGAACGCGACGAAUCUGACUCUGACAACCCAGUCGUCCAACAACCUUACCUACCAGUCAUCUCCGGUCGGCGAGCCGCCACUGACUUUCUUGUCUUCGCCCGGGGAGUCACCCCUCCCUUCUCCCGAAGAUGAUGACUUGUACCGUCCGCAGAGAGCGAGUAAAGCCACCACGGUCACGGUCAGACCUGCAACCGCUCGGCGCAGAUCGCCGGUCCGCUCCCGGGACUCAUCGCCAUCAUCUAUCCACAUCCCCGCACACAAGUUCGAGGCUCUGCUGGACUUGGUCAAGGAAGAGAAGGUAGCUCGUUUGAGGCUAGAGGAGCAGGUCAAAGAACUACAGCGAGAGAUGGAGAGCUUGAGGACACCUGUUUUUGCGACGAUUAGGGAAGCAUAUCCCACGCCGAGUCCUGAGUCGAGUCAAAACGCCCAAGUUACGCCCCGACAGAAGACUCUACAUCGGACUCCACCAUUCCAACUAGGUCACCCUCGGCCAGCGGAGAUCUCACGAUUUAGCGGAACUGAAGACUCAGAUGGUGAGGAGGGAGGCUACGAAGAUGUUUACGAGACUCCUAAGGAGGAGCAGAGGAACACAUUUGAGACAGCCCGGGGUUCGCCUGGGCCCGUCAAAGCAUGA